UGUUACCGCUAACUUUGUGGCGGUAUACUUUUCGCAUUGCAGGGAGGAGUCAGACGUUAGUUUCUUCAUUAAAGUGGCAUAUUUAUUGAUUUAUCGCCGUCUUUACAGCAUGUUUAGCAGCCUGAACCCAUAAUGUAGGUCGCGCAUAUCUCUGACGUACAGCUAUCGACGAGUUAUCGUGUAAUCUUUCGGCAGAAGACCGAAGGAAACAGGAAGGCGGAACAAUAAAUAAUUCACCAGAGGGAUCCGUCGUAGGCGACCAUGUCUAUGGCCCUGAAGCAAGUCUUCAACAAAGACAGAACGUUCCGGCCCAAGCGCAAGUUCGAGCCUGGCACGCAACGCUUCGAGCUGCACAAGAAGGCGCAGGCGUCUCUAAACGCGGGCCUGGACCUGAAGCAGGCCGUGCAGCUGCCGCACGGCGAGGACCUCAACGACUGGGUGGCCGUCCACGUGGUCGACUUCUUCAACCGCAUCAACCUCAUCUACGGCACAAUCAGCGACUCCUGCACCGACCAGACCUGCCCCGUCAUGUCCGGCGGGCCCAAGUACGAAUACCGCUGGCAGGACGAGCACAAGUACAAGAGGCCGACCGCGCUGUCCGCGCCCAAGUACAUGAGUCUGCUCAUGGACUGGAUCGAGGUACAGAUCAACAACGAGAACAUCUUCCCCACCAACGUUGGUACUCCCUUCCCUAAGUGCUUCAUGCAGGUGGCUAAGAAGAUUUUGUCUCGUCUAUUCCGGGUGUUUGUCCACGUCUACAUCCACCACUUCGACCGGGUCUCCCAGAUGGGGGCCGAGGCGCACGUCAACACCUGCUACAAGCAUUUCUAUUACUUUGUCACUGAGUUCAACCUGACGGACCACAAAGAACUGGAACCCCUGAAAGAGAUGACUGCUCGAAUGUGCCACUGAGGGACCUGAGGACACGUCCGUCCACCCGUCCAUCCGUCCAUCUCCACGACUGAAUCAGAGAGAGAAAUGGGAGCAAAGAAAUCCAGAGUCUAUUUUUAUAUUUAAGUACUGUAAUCUAUUUUAUCCAUUCUUUAGGUUUUCAACAAGAACAUUCUCGUGUGAGGCAAACUAUUCCUUUAAAAAAGAAAAAACAAAAGAAAGAAAUCCUCUUGCAGACAUCAGAGCACAGUAUUAAGAGGUGUAUGUUUGUGUUCAUGUUUUUCUGUUUUAUUUCAAUCAUUCCGCCAUGCUAUCUCCUUCCUCUCGGUUUAAAAUGAUCUGAAAUUAGAUUUUUAUUUCUGACUGUAAGUCUUAAAAAUCACUAUGUUGUUACAUUAAAGUGAUUUCUAAUCUCUUUUAA